UUUAAUGGCUGCGGCCGCGUCGACAAACAUUUUAGAAUUUUGUAAAAAAUAACAACAAAUUUUCACUAUUUUUCAGUCAAUUUCGAAUGCAAUCACAAAUCCAAAUCCACAGAACCAAUGAAUUCUUUGUAAUGAACUGAAAAAAAUGUAAAAUGUUGCUUUUUGCGCUUGUAGCAAGGGUACAUGAUGGUGUACCUCUGGCAGCCAGCACGGAUUUGAGCCACCAUCCACUUGUUUCUGAUGCACAAAAAUAUGUCAAAAUCAUCUCUAAACGAGCGUCAUCAUUCCCUGAUCGGUGUGCUGUCCAGGGAAAUGGAUAUCACAUAUAUUUCAUCACAGCCUUGAAUGUAUGUUGUGUGGCAUUAUGUGAAGGGGGAUUUCCCUAUGCAACGGCCUUUGCCUUUCUACAUGACCUUCAAAAAGAGUUCAUCACGGCCUAUGACCCUAGAAAAGUCACCAGUAUUCAGAGACCAUAUGCACUUAUCGAAUUUGAUAUGAACAUACAAAAAUUAAAACAAAAAUACAACGGUCGAACCACGCCCAAAACGAUGAGUAAUUUAGUAACUAUGAACGAAGAACUCGCUCUCAGACCACCACACCGUGUGGAGUUGGACCAAUUGGAAGCUGUCUUCGGUAAUUCAGGGAGUACUCCUAAUACCACCAGACCCACAGUGCGACCAAAUCGACAGUUUAUUCCAUUGAAUGUACCAGGGUACCUAGCCAUUGUUCUCAAUGUAGUCUGUGCCAUUUUAAAUCUCACCAGAGGAAUGUCUGUAGGUCAUGACGGACACUUUGAUCAUACAUUAGAAAGUGCAUAUAUUUAUGGAGGAGUGUUCAUGGCAGCGGCUUUUUUAUGUCUAUACCAGAUUUACCUAUUAAGACAAUUCAUCCCCUGGCGUAGAACGCAAACGUUUCUGGUGAUGGCUUGUUUACUGCUGUGCAAUUUCUAUACAAGUGACAUACGGAACCAUGUACAGGUUGUCUUUCAUGUGAUGGUGACAGGUUACACAACAUUCUUUGUCUUGAAUAGACAACUGAUCGGGAAGUUGCCUGAAUACAGUGUAUGAUGAUGGAGAAUUCAUGAUAGAUUGGCAUACACAUAACCUUCACGACAUGUUAUGUGUAUGCGACUGCAUGGCUGAGAGACUACAUGGUUGAGGUUUCAUCUAUAUAUCAAAUUGUUUGCAAUCUAUUUUUUGUAUACAUCAUGUGAAUUAAAGUAUUACAUUAUA